UAGAGGCCCAUAAUUCAUUGGCGCUUUUCCCUUGCAGUCUGAGAAAAAACAGCUUUGAUUCGAGUAGCACUCAACUCAACUACCGGAAAACGCCGCCGGAGUUCCUCAUCGGCCGCCAUACACUGCGAUAAAGUCCGUCCAGGUUUGCUUUUGCAUCUGCGAAAAUGACGAAGUUCAGGAAGCUAAGUCGAGACACGGCUCAUCGAAUGUCCAUGCUUAGAACCAUGGUCUCGCAGUUAGUGAAGCAUGAGCGUAUCGAAACUACUAUUAGCAAGGCUAAGGAGAUUAGACGGCUUGCGGAUAGAAUGGUAACACUUGGUAAAGAGGGGUCCGUAUGUGCUGCAAGGCGUGCUGCUGGUUUCGUGCGAGGAGACGAUGUCCUUCACAAGCUGUUUACAGAACUGGCUUAUCGAUAUAAGGAUAGAACUGGUGGAUACACCAGGGUGCUUCGGACUCGUAUUCGAGUUGGUGAUGCUGCACCGAUGGCCUAUAUUGAGUUAAUUGAUCGAGAAAAUGAGCUUAGGCAGUCAAAGCCACCAAAUCCUCAACCACCACAGAGACCACCCCUUGAUCCUUGGGCUAAAUCUCGUCUCUCCAGGCAGUAUGCAUCUCCCAAAGCUGAUAAAUCCGAUUCUGAUUUGUGAUUGUGGUUCAUUUGAAUGUAUUGCGGAAAAUACGUUUUGUCCCCGUAGUGUGAGAUGUCUGGAUUUGUCUUUGCUUAUUUUACAAAUUUCCCCAUGGCUUGCAAUAAUAAAAUAUUUCUCUACCUACUACUGCUGCUGCUACAGGAAAUUGUUCUAUAUUUUAUUGUAACCUCAAACUGACAAUUACCGUUGUAACGUCAUAACCGUUACAACUUACAACGGUGAAUGUAUAAACAAGACAGGUUAGAUUAUAGGGUCUUGCUUAUUUGUUAAUGGUUUUUGGUCUA